UGUAGUGCGGUUGGCGUGCGAGAGGGUCGCGGCCGCGAUGAACUGACAGAUGAAAUAGUGGCUUGAAAAAAAAAAAAUAUAUAUAUAUAUAUAUAUAAAUAACCCCCCCCCCCCCCCAAAAAAAAAAAGCAAGAAAGCCGACUGUUCGACAACGAGAAACAAUGUUCCCGAAAGGCAAAGGAACCCCGGUGCCCUCGGACGGCCAAGCACGAGAAAAGUUGGCUCUUUACGUCUAUGAGUAUUUGCUUCAUAUAGGAGCACAGAAGUCUGCACAGACCUUUUUGUCAGAGAUACGAUGGGAGAAGAACAUAACGCUCGGAGAACCCCCCGGAUUCCUGCAUUCCUGGUGGUGUGUAUUCUGGGACUUGUACUGCGCUGCGCCGGAGAGGAGAGAGACAUGUGACCACUCCAGUGAAGCCAAAGCCUUCCACGACUAUAGUGCAGCAGCAGCCCCCAGCCCUGUAAUGGGAGGGAUGGCCCCUGGUGACGGCAUGCCGGGAGGACCCAUGCCACCCGGAUUUUUCCAGGGUCCUCCCGGUCCCCAGGGCUCUCCUCACCCUCAGCCUCCUCCCCCUAGCAAUAUGAUGGGACCCCACAGUCAGUCCUUCAUGUCGCCUCGCUUCGCCGGAGGGCCGAGAGGUCCCCCCAUCAGGAUGACAAACCAGCCACCAGGGGGAGGACCCGGCCCACAUCCCAUGUUGCCUAAUAUGGACCCCACGCGACCACAAGGUCAUCCUAACCUGGGGCCCAUGCAGAGAAUGAGCGGCCCGCGGGGCAUGGGGCCGAUGGUGCCCGGCCCGCAGAACUUCGGUGGCGGGAUGAGGCCCCCACACAACGCCAUGGGUCCCGGCAUGCCGGCAGUCAACAUGGGCCCAGGGACCGGUCGGCCGUGGCCCAAUCCUAACAAUGCGAAUUCUAUGCCUUACUCGUCACCGUCUCCCGGCGCGUACGGGGGCGCAUCCGGGGGAGGACCACCAGGGACUCCCAUCAUGCCCAGCCCUGCAGACUCCAACAACUCUGGAGACAAUUUGUACACCAUGAUUAACACUGGACCCGGCAAUCGAAAUAAUGGACUGCGACUUUCGAGGUUCCACUGUCGCUGCUUGAAGUUGGAGCUUGUUUGCCGGCCUUUCAACGGAGACGUAAUCCCGCGCGUUGUGUUUCCGCUUCAGUUCCCAAUGGGCCCCGGCUCUGACGGACCCCUGGGGGCCAUGGCCGGGAUGGAACCACACCACAUGAACGGCUCACUAGGCUCAGGUGAUCUGGACGGAAUGAACAAGAAUUCUCCAAACAAUUUAAGUGGCAUUAGCAAUCCUCCCGGGACCCCAAGGGAUGACGGAGAGCUGAGUGGGAACUUCCUCCACUCCUUUCAGAGCGAGAACUACUCUCCAACCAUGACGAUGAGUGUGUGACCCGCCCCCGCCCCCGCCCCCGCCCCCGCCCCCGCCCCCGCUCCCGCUCCCAUCCUCCUCUCUCCCUGCCAGCCUUACCCUUCGUAAUUUGCCAUCAUUCCAAGGAUUCGAACCCCCGCACGGCCAAACGCAUCAGCAAAGCAUCAGGGAUCCGCACUUGACGCCAGACAUGCUGGAAGACGGGGAAACAAAACGGCCCUCGCGCGACGAAACCAGCUAGUGAAACGACCGAUCGACAAUGGCGACACGCCCCCCGACACGCAGGACCCCCGCCCUAGAGCCGUGGUUUACCUCUUUUCUGAAUGAAUUUGUGCAGGAAGCGUCUCCCUUCUCGGGCUCGGGUCCACUUCAAACACUGGAGAGUGUACAUACAUGUACAUGUGCAUCGUGAGCUUUUCUCAGUCCGUUUUUUUUUUGUGUGCCUGUGUCGCCACUUGCUCAGCCACCGUGCAGAUGGACAUUUUCACGUGCAGUGUUCCCCCACAUAUUUGGGAUUCGCUACUUGCAAAUUUGGAGUUUUUUUGUUUUUGUUUUAUCCUCUCUGGUUUGCGGACUAGCUCGUAUUUGCCAUGUUUGUGCUCAGGCCAAAAGCCCUGUCUAGUAUAAAAGUAGUGUUUUGGCGGCAUCUUGAUGCCAAGGAACUAUGUUGGAGUAAAGGGGAGGCGCUUUCACUCGUGAGACAAAACCCCCGUUGACUAUAAAAGUAGUUCCUUGGCGCCAUCUUUUAUUAGAUUGGCCAAAUAGAAAAAAUAUUGCUUUGCUGCCAUCUUGUGGCAUUUAUAGGCAAUUAUAUACCUGAAGUGGGGGGCGUCAAUUACUUCCAGAUUUUGGGUAUUCGUUAUGUAUAGUGGGGGAACACUGUUGUUUGGACUCGUGUGUCCCAAGGAUUUUUGUCUUCAAGUUAGUCAGAAUUUAUAAUGAAAGCUGAUGCGCCCUAAAAACUGCCGAAUAUUGAUGUGUUUUAGCCUUUUUUAAAAUUUUUAGUUUUUUUUUUUUAUUUUUUUUUUUUUUUAACUGCUUUUAAGCUUUCCCAUUAGGUCCGUCCGGAGAACAGACGUGGGCCCAAUAAACGAAUGCGGACACUUAUGCAAAGCAGUUUGAGCAUUUAUUCCAUCUCCAGUACGCACGUUGCCCUCACUAGUAAGACGAUUCGGUGCACUAGUGGAACAACUGUCCUACAAGUAGCACGUUUUUUCCACUACGUUGUGACAUUUCUGCACACUCUUGGAUAAUUAUGGCAUACUCAUAGAACGACUACAUACAAAGCUGUGCACUAAUUGACAUUUGUGCAGUAUUAGUGCUACUAGUGAAGUGCUAGAUCAGGAGUCAAGUCACAAACCUUUUGGAAAACGAAAGCUACUUCUUUGGUACUGAUUAAUGCAAAGGGGCUACCAGUUUCAUACGCACUUCUGAAAUGUAAUAAAAAUAAAAAGCUCAAAUCACCUUUAGCUAUGUUAUUAAUAUUCAUCAAUGUGAAGACCGAUCAUGUUAAUGAUGUGAUGUAAAAAGUGGAACUAGUAGUGGAAAAACAUUACGCGUAAGAAUUGUCUUACUCGUGAGGUCUAGGAGCGUACUAGUACAUGGAUUUGAACUAUAUGCUCAAAUGGCUUUCCAUAUACAUUGUAGUAGUGCACAACGUACUACCUAGUGCUGCCCCCAAGUGGACUCCUGCUUUUAAAGAUUUGUUUUUAUUUUAUUUGUAAUUAUUAUUAUUAUUUUACUGUGGUCAUGGCGUCACUUGUUUUUCCCCACCCGCACUUUUUUUUUUUUUUUUUUUAUAUUUUGAUCCCAUCUUGGAGUCCGUAUCUUGGCCAAGUCAUCCCGAGUUCGUCGACGCUUUCCGAGCGGAUUCUCGUGGCCGCCGUUCUAAACUCGUGUCGUCGUUGUGAUGAUGAUUAUUUUUAUUACCUUUUCCCUUUCCUGUGAACAUUUAGGACGUCUGUCCUGUUGUCUUUUAUUUGCUUAUAUUUUUUUAUUUCAAAAUUGAGGAAAGAUUGCUUGUUAAUAUAAUUUUACAAUAACUUAACAUCUAGUGUCUGUUUUUUUUUUUUUUUUUUUUUUUUUUAAUUAUAUUUGAAAAAAAUAUUCCACUCACUGGGAACGUAUGGAUGCUGCGGACACUAUUGCUAUUUAUUAGACAGUUAACAGACAUUAUCAUUCAACUGAGGCAUGGAAUAAAAUGUGGCUUUAAUACGAA